CGCAGCGUUAGAACCACGCGAGGUGGGGGAUGAGGGGCACAACCGAGGAAGCAGCGCCCCACCCGGCUCCCCGGGCUGGGAGGCCCCCAAUUGAGGGUUCCACCUGCAGGAUCACGCACCUCUGGCCCUGUGCUCAAGGCAUGCCGUCGGUGUAGGCAGCCUUGGCCGGGUUGCCUCUCGGUCACGCUGAACCGGACGGAGGUCGCCAGGCCCUGGACUGCCUCGUCCUGGGUUCUCGCGUCGCUGGGAAUGUUGUACGGGUAACACUACUUGAGCGGAGAAGAUCCAUGCUCUCCCUACGCCCCCAUUCGGACGGCUGGGGGACUUACCACGCUCUGCCUGGGAGAAUCUUCGGUCCCUGGAAUGACAAACAACUGUUUGAUGCCCCUGACACUGAAAAUAACCACCAGUGGACCAUAGAGCUGACGCGUUAUAUUCGAAAAAAGAGUCCAUUCACUCUCUACAAUUUCUGUACCGUAUCUUCAUUAAAAUGUCAGAAGGCUACACCCUAAAAUUGGAGACCAGAGCACUGGGGGCCGUGCAAAUCAUGAAUGGCCUGUUGUACUGCGCGUUGGGCUUUCUCUGUUUUGCAUUAUUUGUCGAAGAAGAGAACAGAGAAGCUACUGGUUACAUCCCUGUCAUUGUUACACUAACUUACGUAUUUUGUUCAUCAACAUUUUUCAUCAGCUCGGGCUCCAUCAGCGUACAAGCACAGAAGCAUCCUACAAAAUCCAAGCUUAUUGCUAGCAUGGUUAUGAACAUCCUAAGUGCCUGCUUUUCUGUACUUGGUAUAAUGAUAUUAAGUAUUGCAAGUUUAACGUAUUAUCCAGACACCAAUGAAUACCUGUGGUCACAUAUAGCUGGUAGUAUGCUUUUACAAUAUGUACUCUUCACCACGAUCGUGGAAGUGAUCUGUGCAUACGUGACUGUCAAGUGGAUUGAAGCAGCAAUGCGUCCUGUAGAAUGCAGUGAGAUAAGUCCACAGCUGUCUCAGUGCAGUGGCUCUACAUAACUCACAAAGAACCAGUGUGACUCCCAUCAAGAACGAAAGAUUAAUCGUGAACUGGGGAAGAACUCCGCGAUUGUUCUCAAGAGGCCUCACGGAAAAUACAGGCUACUGAAGUCCUUCCCAGUGCGCCUUCUCCCUACUUCUUCAAUAAAGGAUGCAAUCUGAUCACAA